AUGCACGAGGAGACAAACUCAUUUACUAGCAGUGUCUUAUCUGAUAAUCCAAUGAUGAGUGAAUAAGAUGCUCAACUAAUAGUUCAAAGCUAUAAUUCAACCAUUCAAUCACUUGUUAAAGAGAAUGAUGUUUUACAAAAGAAACUUGAGGAAUAUGUUCAAAAUGAAAAAGAAGAAGAAUAAAAGUUAUAAUAAACAAAACAUCAAUACGAAACAUAAAUAACAAGAAUGGAAUAACUAAAGCAACAAUAAUUGUAAAUAGAUUAGGAAAGAGAGUAGAUAUUCACUAAUUCGAUAUUUUAAUAACAAAAAUAAUUGGUUCCAAAUGCUGUCAACUAUUUGUAUGAGUUUCUACAUCAAGAUUAAAAACAGCCAUCUCAUACAAAUAUAAUCCAUAAUCAAGGAAUGGACACACAAAAUUCAUUAAUGCAAUUUGAUGAAGAUGUAUCUCCAAGAAUAGAAUAAAAUGAUCCUUCAUUAUUGAAAGAUUUGCAUAAAUAGAAGGAAGAGUUAGGGAAUCAAAAAAAUUAAUUAAUCUCAUAAAUUUUAGAAUCAUUAGCCAAAUAUGCUGAAUUGCAAUUGCAAAAAUGCUCAAAAAAGGAAUGUUAAUAAUGUCAUCUAUUAUACAACCCUAGAACAAAUUACAUAGAUUCCUGUUUGUUUCACAGCGGCAAAUUAAAAUUUUAUUCUUGCAAAAAAUGUGGAGCAGACGAUUACUAUACUUGCUGUAAUAAGUGUAUUAGAUGUAGUGAAGGAUGUAAAACUAAUUUCCAUCAACCAAAACCAUGA